CAUAACGUGCGGCAUUUGAUGCGAUUUGACGCCGCUACAGAAGGGAAAGCCAGAUAGAUGUAGAAAGGCACUUUACUACGAAAUUACCUCUAUUGUGAAGCAGACUUUUGUGGCAAGACCGUAGUAAUUUGCUGGAUGGUUUCUAAACGAGCCUCCCCUUGAUGUACACUUGGUAGAGAGAGAGAGAGGUAGACAUUUAGUUAUUACUCGAGGAGAAUUAUUAGAGAAACUGCAAGAGGCAAUUUGUGAUUCUGUAUUCCCAGCGCACUUUGGCUGAAACAAUUUUUGCUGUGUUGUGGCAUUCCAAAAAGGUGCCUAUCCUUGAGAUUUAUCCAGACGGACCGAUGCCCGUGUGUGUCGAACCAACAAAGGUGGAGAAGGAGAAAAGAGAGGGGAUUUACUUGAUUCGUGAUAUGCACCACAUGUUGUGUCAAUAUUCCUUGAUUACACUCGAGAAUCUCUGGCGACAAGAUUAUGCGAAAAGUGCAAGAGCAAAUGUUGUCUUCCUUGCUCUUGUUUCUGCUCGCCUCUAAUAACAUUAUCACACACACUUCAGCCUUGUGUGUGCAUGCGGACAGACCUGCCUUAUGUUUACGCUCUAAUGAGAAGUACCGGAUUAUUAAUAAAGCAUAGCAGGUUCUCUUUACGUGUUAUAGAUGGAUUAAUAAUAACUUCUGGUGGCUAAAAGCUAACACAACUUUAUCGCUUAUCGUUCGGUCUGUUGAUACUCUGCUUUUGCGAAUGUGUUUUGGGGACAAAAGCGACUUGGUCUGAGGGUUUUAGCAAGGAUCAAAGGUCUACACGUGUAAGCAUUGUGUCCUCUUUUACCUCUGGCAUAAGCCUAGCACCGAUUACCGUUCCUUGAACAUCUGUGGUUGGCAGACCAACUCCUCUCCUCAUCUCCUAGAUGAUCAGAAUAUAAACCUUGUGAUUAGAUCCGUAAAUUGAUUUUGCCGUGUGCUUUACAGCGACUUACACAAGUUCACGGUGGAUCUUACAAGCGUGAAAUGGGUGAUUGGAGGGCUCAAUAGCGGGAAAGGCGCUGUGAUUAUCGGGGGAUUGUGAGCGGGAGCCCAGCUUCACUCAACGCAGGACUAGCCGUAUGGAAACCCAGUAGGAUUACCAUCGGAAUAUAGUGUUUUUUGUGCACGAGUUCACCUCAUCUCUGGUGUCACCUGUCUGUCCAGACUGAGCAUAGCCUAAAUCCUAGCAGCAAUGUGGAGUUAAUUACAUGAUGUAGCCUUCAUGAGCCGCGCCUCUCUGCCGCAGCUGAAACCAUAAGGGGAGAAGAAAAACACCGACCAAGAAGAAGAGAGAGAAUUCUGCUCCAGGGUGACGUUUUUCUCUCUCUCUCAUAUCUACCUCUCCUAAGAAAAACUUCAGGGAUUUAUUCGACUUUCAUGUGUCGCGAACUCUCAUGCUGACGAUAAGGUUGGAUGUCUAUGGUACCGAGCGACAUUAUUCAAGAUAAUCUUUCUUACCCCACCUUUUACUUCAUCACCAGUUUAAAAAGUGGAAGGGUUUCAUUUUGGGUUUGGUUUGUGAUCUAAUCGGAAGAUAAACAUCUAUCGCCGUCAUGGGGAGAACAGAAAUGAAAGACAUGCAAUGUGCUUCAGGAGGUCAGUGUGAGGGUCACAAACAUUGUUUCAAUCAACAUCCGAAAUGUUGGAGGAACAGUAAAAGCCAUGGAGGCGCAUUAUUACACACAUGUGUGAUGAUGUUGAUGGUGGUGAUGGCUGUGCUACCAACCAGUGGUUUAGCCCAACCAAUCCCAGAUGUAGACUUUGAUGAGUUUGACCCUCAAACUGUAAUGUGUGAACCGAUCACAAUCAAACUCUGCCAGGGAGUGGGUUACAACAUGACACGGAUGCCCAAUCUUGUUGGUCAUGAGCUCCAACAAGAUGCCGAACUUCAACUCCAAACUUUUACCCCUCUCAUCCAAUAUGGAUGCUCUCCUUUCCUUCGUUUCUUUCUGUGCUCAGUCUACGCGCCAUACUGCACCGAUAAAAUUGACGUUCCGAUUAGCGUCUGUCGACCUCUGUGUGAACGCGUCCGAGCGAGUUGCAAUCCUGUUUUGAGCAAGUUUGGCUUCAAGUGGGCUGAAGCUUUGAAUUGUUCACAGUUUCUUGAGCGAAGUGAUGGCAAUGAUAUUUGUAUGGGACCGCCUCCAGGUGAGGGUGACGUGAACGGCAUCGGUAACCCUGAUGGCGACGUCGUGACCGCGAUAGUGCCGCAGGAGCCAGGUGAGCCUGAUUGUCAACAUCACCGUGAACCUCAGAAGUGGCAUUAUGUCAAACGUUACGAAAAAUGCGCGUUACGUUGUGACGCGGACUUCCUCUUCAGUCAAAGCGAGAAACAGUUUACAGAAAUAUGGAUGGCCAUCUGGGCUGGAUUGUGUUUCUUGACCACCGCCAUGACCGUACUGACCUUUGCCAUCGACACAGUGCGUUUCAGGUACCCAGAACGACCCAUCAUAUUUCUGUCAAUUUGUUACAAUAUUUUCAGCAUCGCAUACAUCGUCCGGUUGAUCGCUGGUCGUGCCGUCAUCGCAUGUGACGACGACGGCAUUGCUUCGUUCUUGAUCCAGGAGGGGUUGGAAAACACUGGGUGCGCUGUAACGUUCCUCAUCCUCUACUUCUUCGGUAUGGCAAGCUCUAUCUGGUGGGUAAUCUUAGCAUUCACCUGGUUUCUAGCUGCAGGACUCAAGUGGGGUCACGAGGCUAUUCAAAUGAACAGCAGCUACUUCCACGUCGCUGCAUGGGGCAUCCCCUUCGUCAAAACCGUCAUCAUCCUCGUCAUGCGCGUCGUCGAUGCCGACGAACUCACCGGCAUGUGUUUUGUUGGGAAUUCAAGCCUGGAGGCACUUACUGGGUUCGUCAUCGCGCCCUUGUUCACCUACCUCGCCGUGGGUACUCUCUUCCUUCUCGGGGGUUUCAUUUCUUUGUUCAAGAUACGAUCCGUCAUGAAAAACGACGGCACCAAGACUGAUAAGCUAGAGCGUCUCAUGGUUAAAAUAGGACUAUUCUCCGUGCUCUAUACUGUUCCUGCGACUAUCGUUGUAGCGUGCUUCUUUUAUGAGCAUUCGAAUCGGAUUGUGUGGAUGGAUGGUGAGGCAACACCAAACAUUGAGGUGUUUAUGCUUAAAAUAUUCAUGUCGCUCGUAGUUGGUAUAACAAGCGGAAUGUGGAUAAUGUCGGCAAAGACGAUGCGAUCGUGGAGGCGAUUCUUAGAACGAAUGGCACCUGCUUUACUUUGUUGUGCGCCGCUGGGUGACGAGAAGAACGGACGUGACAGAAACGGUGACGAAACAGCGGUAUAAUCCAAGCUCAUGAUGGUAGUCGUGCCGAUUUCGAACACAAGUCAAAAGGGGACGUUUUUCUAAUUUCAUUCUCGAUAUGUAUAACAUUUCUGUGAACAUGUACAUGUAUGUAUACCAAGAACACGUGACUUUAUAAUUAUACCAGUGACAAAACCAAAAGUAUGGACGCUCCAAAUGUUAAAGGUGUAUAUUUAAAAAACUGUCAACUCACUCCAAAGAUGUCAUAAUGAAUUCUAAAUACUUCAAGUAAGAGAUGAAUACAAUCAGGAAGAAGAAUUUUCCAUGUCAUUGAUUCUACAUUGUAUGUCAUCGACUCAUUGGAGUGAAUGAACGUAACUUUUUAUUGUGAUUGAUAUGAAUGUCAUUGUUAUGGUCCCUAUUCGUUCCCUUAUCAUUUCCAAUGUAUUGUAACCUUGCUUCCAAACUAAUGUCAAACCAUUGUUGGCAACUUUACUGACAAUGGUGAAUCCCAUGUGACAUGGGAGCAUCGGCAGACUGUGUUGGGUUUUUGUCUGAGUCAAAGACGAUCCGUAUGUUAGAGAAAUAUUUCUACGAGUACUGCAUAUAUUAUAUUGUAAGAUGGUGAAGUAUGUGGCUGAAUUUGUCUUCCUUUGAUGUUUAUUUAUUCAUUGACAACAUAGAUGCUGAAAGCCAUGUUAAUCUGCUCAAAACUGUUGAUCUUUUCUUGUUUCAAAAGAAAAACGGAAAUGCUAUAAUAUAGAUCGUAAUCGAAGUUAAUCAGUAAUAGCAAGGCGCUGCAA